CCGGCAGCGAGGAGCAGUCGGGGCUGGCGCGCUCCCGUCGCCUCGCUGCGCCGCGGAACGCGUCCGGGGGCCCCGGUUCCUGCGAGCAGCUCAGCACAGCGCCGGAAGGUUAAGCUGAAACUGCUGCUCGGCUUCUGAGAUGUUGCCGCCCAAAUUGCAUGCGCUUUUCUGCCUCUGCAGCUGCCUCGCGCUGGUGCAUCCUUUUGACUGGCAAGACCUAAAUCCUGUUGCCCAGAUUAAAUCAUCAGCAUGGGUCAAUAAAAUACAAGCUUUGAUGGCUGCUGUAAGCUUUGGCCAAACUCCUAUCCCCAGAGGAAAUGGAUCUUAUUCUGUCGGUUGUACAGACUUGAUGUUUGAUUACACUAAUAAGGGCACCUUCUUGCGUUUGUAUUAUCCAUCCCAAGAUGAUGAUCACUCUGACACCCUUUGGAUCCCAAACAAAGAAUAUUUUUGGGGUCUUAGUAAAUUUCUUGGAACACACUGGCUUAUGGGCAAAAUUUUGAGCUUAUUAUAUGGUUCAAUGACAACUCCUGCAAGCUGGAAUUCCCCUCUGAGGACUGGUGAAACAUACCCACUAAUCAUUUUUUCUCAUGGUCUUGGAGCAUUCAGGACAAUUUAUUCUGCUAUUGGCAUUGACCUGGCAUCUCAUGGGUUCAUAGUUGCUGGUGUAGAACACAGAGACGGAUCUGCCUCCGCGACUUACUAUUUCAAGGACCAGUCUGCUGCAGAAAUAGGAAACAAGUCUUGGCUCUAUCUCAGAACCCUAAAACGAGGGGAGGAGGAGGUGCCCCUAAGAAAUGAACAGGUAAAGCAAAGAGCAGAGGAAUGUUCUCAAGCUCUCGAUUUGAUUCUUGACGUUGAUCGUGGAAAGCCGGUGAAGAAUGUAUUAGAUUUAGAGUUUGAUGUGGAACAACUGAAGGACUCUAUCGAUACGAAUAAAAUAGCAGUAAUUGGACAUUCUUUUGGUGGAGCAACAGUUCUUCAGGCUCUUAGUGAAGACCAGAGAUUCAGGUGCGGCAUUGCCCUGGAUGCAUGGAUGCUUCCGUUGGGUGAUGAAGUAUAUUCCAGAAUUCCUCAGCCCCUCUUUUUUAUCAACUCAGAACGGUUCCAGUAUCCUGCUAAUAUCAUAAAAAUGAAAAAAUGCUACUUUCCUGAUAAAGAAAGAAAAAUGAUUACAAUCAGGGGUUCAGUCCAUCAGAAUUUUGCUGACUUCACUUUUGUAACUGGCAAAAUAGUUGGAUACCUGUUCACAUUAAAAGGAGAUAUAGAUUCAAAUGUAGCUAUUGAUCUUAGCAACAAAGCUUCAUUAGCAUUCUUGCAAAAGCAUUUAGGACUUCAGAAAGAUUUUGAUCAGUGGGAUCCUCUGAUUGAAGGGGAAGAUGAUAAUCUUAUUCCAGGGACCAACAUUGACACAACCAACCGACAUAUCGCUCUACAGAACUCUACAGGAAAAGAGAAAUAGAAUUUAGAUGAAAAGAGCUUUUUUAAAAAGUCUCAUUUAAAAACUGUCUGAGAGACUGUGUGUGUGUAUGAUUUUAAUGUAUUUUCUUAGAUAACUCAUAUUUUAAAAUGUAGGCUAUACCAUAAUAGUGAUUGAAGCUUGGACUAUGAUUUUUUUUCCUUUAAAUGUAAAGAAAGACUGCUGUAUAUAAAAAUCAUACCAGGCUAAAUUUUAAUUUUACUAAAAUGAUCCUUUUUUAGUGUCAAAAUUAAAAACUGCUUUUACAUUAC